CUUGUCAGCUCAUUUACCUAAUGCCCAAUGCAAAAGGAAAUCUAAGUUAUUUUUGUUCAUCUAUGCUGCGAUUGUUAUAUACUUACUUACCUUCAGAACAAUAACUCAGGCAGGUAGGUGAGCAACUGAAGCGAUUAAGUAAAUAAAAAGUCUAAUCAUUGCAUUGCGACUCAAUCCAAUAUUGUGCAACGGUAAUGUACUCUACCGGUUGACAAAAGAAACAACAAUACCUAGGUCAAAGUCAAUGGCAGGCCAUUUACAGGAUCAGAAAACAAAGAAAAACUUUAGUCACGCUGUGAAAACGAGUCCAAACGUGACUUGCUGAUGAUUGUGUAACUUUCCUAACCUUGAACCGAUGCUAAAUGCUAAAUGACUUCUUCCCAGAUACCAAACGAGUUUCAUUUUCAAUACGCAAUUAGCAUGUUUGAUUUAAAAAACGCAAAUUUUAUGACUAAACACGGAGCGGAUGGUAUUUUCGUAUUUUGUGAAAGAGAGCAUGCAACCAUACUUUAAAAAUAAGUUGUAUCUGUCUACAUAAAUGCUAAAUUAAAAGUACUUAUUCUAGAGGUAAUAUAGUAAAAAAGUUGGCAUUAUGUAGAAAGGCUCUUGGCCAUAGACAAUAAAAAAAUAAUCUUGGCGCCAUAAUUUUAUCGAUCGAACAAAAACCAAUAACAUUAAUUUCUUUUACUGUGCAAGUUUUAUUUCAAGAGUGGAUCGAUUAUUUUAUAAUGGCCAGCGAUGCAGUUUUAAAGUAUUUGGUCGACACCAAUCGUCCUUACUCUUGUGCGGACAUAACUGUAAACCUGCGGGGUGCGUUUACCAAAACAGCGGUACAAAAAGCUUUGGACGCAUUGAGUGAAUCUGCUAAAAUUAAGUGCAAAUUGUAUGGAAAACAAAAAGUGUAUGCCGCUAUACAACCUGAAACUGUUCCCGAUGACAAUGAUAAAGAAGAAGAUUACGAAACCCAAUUCAAAGUCGUGGCCAAAUCUCUAGAGGAACAAUCUGAAGCAUUGAAAUCAUCAGAGAGCAAACUAAAAUUACUGAUUUCAACACCAACGACAGACACAGCGAUAUCUCUUACAAACGACGCUAGAACUAGGAUCGAAGUGUUGGAGAGUAAACUGAAUGUUCUGAGGACGUCCACUCAGGUGUUGAGUCCUGAGGAAAAGAGGAAGGUUUCCGAACUACAUAGCAAACUGUUGAGUGAAUAUAGAAAGCGAAAACGAAUCUGUUCGGACAUGAUAGAGACUAUGAUGGAAGGCUAUCCGAAGUCCAAGAAGACGUUUCUAGAAGAGCUGUGUGUGGAGACUGAUGACAUGGUCGGAUUCAAACUCAUGACUUAAAUAACUGCCUGAAUUUUGAAGUGUUAAUAGUAAAUAUGUAAUAAAUGUAUUCUACUUCA